AUGAUCCUUAUUUCAUCAACCUACAUCUUCAGCGACACAAAUUAUAUAGUGUUCAGAAUUUCCAGGACCUCUGUCCUUCACUUGUGUGAUUUUGACACAUUUAAUAACCCAACUGAAUUGGGAUACCCUUUUAAGGAUCUUGCUACUGGUGUUAAUAUUGAAGGAUCUUGUCGUGGGUUGCUUUGCAUCUCUAAGUGCACUGAUCCCUUCACUAUAAUCUUUUAUAAUCCAACAACACAAACUCACAAAACCCUGCCCUCUAUGCCCAUAAAGUCCCCAUUUCUUUACUACGGCUACAAUGGACUUGUUAAAUAUUACCACCUCGGGUUUGGAUACGAUCCCAAGUCUGAGGACUACAAAUGUGUGAUGAUUCUUCUACGUCUUGUCGAUCAACUGGGUUCGUUUAAGAGUCAAGUUAAGGUUUAUAGUUUGAGAGCGGAUUCCUGGACACGUGGAGCUCAGGAUGUCCCGUAUUUCUUUCAUUGCAGAAAUACAAAUUCUGCUCAUUUAGGAGGGAUCGUGCAUUGGUACAUUGAGGACGAUGAUGCAAUACCUCUUCAAAUAGUUAGCUAUAAUCUAGGUGAUGAAAGUUUUGGCUCGGUGCCACUGCCUAAUAAUGUAGGUGACCGUCCUCAUAGGGACACUCACUUAGGAGUAGUCGACGAGUGCUUGUGUCUUACUGUCAACUAUGUUGAUGACUGUGAUGUAUGGAUCAUGAAAGAGUAUGGCGUACUUGAAUCUUGGACUCGGGUGUUUAAGAUCGAUAAAGUUGUUCAUUUUGAGGUAUUGAGGCCUAUAUUUUUCUUAAAGAACAGGAAGCAAUUGUUGGUGAACUUUCCCUGGUGUAAUGUUUCUUCUGUGGAUUUGGAAAAUUGGAAGAUUACCAAAUUUAAGCUCCGUGGGUUGCGUGAAUUAGAGAGUGCGCAUAUUUGUUUAGAGAACCUUCUUAUGUUGAAGGAUGAUGAAGACAAAUUUUCAGACUUUUAG